CGCUGAGCUGGACGCACAGGAGUGACAGACCCGGGUCGGAUUCCGCAUCAGAAGGGGGUCACAUUAAGCUGUAAAUCUCACGGUGGAACCCGAUCCGAAUGAGACCUGGUAACCUUUCUGGUACUGGACUUUUAAAAAUACUGGUUGUUUGAAAGUGCUUACUUAUAUAGUCAGCAGUUUUUUUUUUACUAAAUAAGUUCCCUCUGCACUUUGUUAUAGGACAAAGGGUAAUAACACCGAGCAGUCUGCUGCAUUUAUUUCUGAAUAUUAUCAGAAAAUACGACAGAAGUGCUUGUUUACCCCGUGCAUUUUGCAUUUAAUAGCUAGAUCUCAGCUGUAUGAGAAGCUCCUGGCUGAUCUGUUAUUAUAAUCGCAAGGGUGCAGAUAUAUUUCCUACACAAAGCCUUUAGCAGCAGCAUCUUAAUAACAGGGAAGGUUUUAGCAGAGCAUUUGAGUGCUUAGCACACCAGCACACUUCUCCCUUCGCCUGACCAAUCCGGUUAAAUUUAGUUUACUCAGGAAAAUGAUGCGGAUGCCUAAAGGCGUCUCUCCGGCAUCGGGUCGGCCACCGGUGGGACUGCCUUGCUCUCAGCAAAAGAUGAAGGUUUUGUCCACCGGAGGAGUGAAGACCGAGUUCUUCGGCACCGGACUGUCCAGCCCGCUGAUGAACACGGUACCGGCCGGCUACUUCACCCAGAUCUGCAACACCGCCGCGGCCGAACAAAGAGCCAACAGCCUGUAUUCAACCCCCCACGGACCAGAGGCUAAACCCAUCAGAUCAUCCUCCGGGCGACUGCCGGCUAAAAGGAAGUUGGAUCUAGAAGACCCUCUUUACCUGCCAGACUUCCGCACACCCAAAGGCAAAUGCAGCAUCGCUGCCAGGAUACCUAGUCCAAAGACUCCGAAGUCUCCAGGUGAACGGACACGCUACGACACCUCCUUGGGCCUGCUGACCAAAAAAUUUGUAGGACUGAUCGCAGAGUCUCCUGAUGGCGUUCUUGACCUGAACUGGGCCACUGAGGUCCUGGAGGUACAGAAGAGACGCAUCUAUGACAUCACCAACGUCCUGGAGGGAGUCCAGCUCAUCCGAAAGAAGUCCAAGAACAACAUCCAGUGGCUGGUUGGAGAUGUAUUUGAGGGUGGUGCGGGUGGAGGAGAGAAGGCUUGCGCCCUGAGGAAAGAGCUUGGAGACUUGGAGAGAGUGGAGAGGUCUCUGGAUGAACUGAUCCACUCCAGCACUGGACAGCUCAAACAGCUCACUGAACAUGAAGAUAAUCAGAGGUUGGGCUAUGUGACGUAUCAGGACAUCCGCACCAUCGGCAGUCUCAGAGACCAGACAGUCAUUGCUGUCAAGGCCCCUGCUGACACAAAACUGGAGGUGCCAGACACAGCAGGGCAGGGUUCAUUACAGAUCUAUUUAAAAAGUAAGAAUGGUCCCAUUGAAGUCUACUUGUGUCCAGAAGAGGGUCUUGAAGAUGCUAGCCCAGUUAAAAGUGCUGUCACCCCUAAAAAGGAGUUCCCUCAACCCCUGGGCCCUCCAGCUACAACUCCAAUGGAGCUGCCAAGCUACAGCGUCAAAGAGGAGCCUGCUGAAUCCAACAUUUCUACAGCAGCUCCAGCCCCCUCCUCAGCUGCAGCCUCCAGUUCCUCGCUGCUGGAUGUCGAGGGUCUGCUGGGUUUGCCUCCCAGCCUGCUCCAGAUCACGGAGGACCAGCUUCCUUGCACCUCUUUCACCCCAGACCCCAACACUCCUUUUGUCAGUUUCUCUCCACCGUUGGACCACGACGAUUACCUCUGGAGCCUUGAGGAUGGCGAGGGAGUAUCAGAUUUCUUCGACACAUAUGAUCUUGGAGAUCUGCUGAAGAGCUGAGGUAUAGAUGAAGUGGGGGAGGGAGGUUGCGGGGUAUUUAAUUGAAUGCCAUCUCAAGGUAGGAAAUAUUACACUAUGAAGCCAUCAGUCUUUGUUUUUGCCAUUCCUGUUUUAAUAUCAAUGAUGCUAAAGGAGGAGUUACCCCCUUUUGUUUAUUUUAAUAAAGUAAAAAUAAUUUGUACAUAUGAUUGUAAUAAAUGAUCGGAGUUGGUUGUUGGGUGAUGCUGAGAUUGACACUGAUGGGUGUCAACCAUUAGGAAACACUGUUUAAAAAGCAAGGAUUUUCUUGGAUUUUAUGUCACAAUUUCAUAUUCCGCUACACAGAUAGAAAUGUAUACAAAAACAGAAGUUAUUAUGCAUCACUUCACCAGCAACACAAACUGAUGCAUGUGGGUAUCAGGCAGUGUUUACAGUGUGACAACUCAGGAAUUUUUUUCUUCCUUGUCUCCAAAGUCUAAAUAUUAGUGCCACUCUUUGGCCCAUAGGGGGUAGCCUUGUAUUAUGUCAGCUUUAACUGCCAUGCAGCUUUACAGGAUUCAAUCACUGGAUGAGAGCUAAAGCCAUCAAGAAAUAUACACAGGGUGCGUUUUUAAGAGUCCUACAAUCUUAAAGAGUGACCAAAUGAAGCUGUGAAAAACUUGUUUAAUAACAGCUCUCUCCUGCCUUAAGCUUUAUGUCAGACCUUGUACCUGUGUGUCGUGUGCCAAAAUGUGAAAAGGCAGCCUCUGACAGCCGAUACUGGACCCAGACCCAGAGUUAAUGACUGAUAAUACUGCUACUCUGUGAGCAUAUUCCAUCUCUACUGAGCAAGAGCGUCACACUCACUCUUGUUGCUUUGGCAGCUUUUUUUCAAAUCCAGAUGCUCCUCUAUUGAUGUGAGUUUGCUGAUUUUAAUAGAGGAUUAUUUUUUGAUUUAGUACUGCAAAACUACUAUUGUAUUUCUGAGGAAAUAUCCCAAUAUAAAUUAAAUGCAGCAUCUGUGUUGCAGGGGGGUUAAUUUAUGUAAUUAAGUUUAAUUAGACUAGUAAUUUUCUUUUUCCUCUUGUCCUGAAAUGAAUGAAAUCUGUUGGCCUAGCAGCAACAACAACAGAAACAAUAAAGAAUGUAUAUCUUUACUGUUAAAAUU